UACUUCCUCUACUUACUUUAUGAUUUAAAGCGGGAAAGAGAUGUUUUGUAAACCCAUGAUCUCAAAAGUUGACCGCAGCUGUAUAAACAGUUGUUAAAGCUCCUGACAAUGGAUACCCUGCCUUAAACAAACAACGCUAACACAGGCGUUGUGUGUGAAAUAAUGUAACGUAAAUUGAGCAGACGGAGCUGUCUUUCCGCCGGGGAAACGUUAUCGUUACACGGGACAAACAUGGAUUUUCUGGGGAAUGUUUACUAAAGACAGAAGGGCAACAACAACUUUUGUUCUCAAUGAGAGAGAACAACAUGAAGCCGAAACACACCCACAGGCAUCCAGAACCCAACUGGCAAGGGAAAGGAGCCGGUAAAGCCUGUGAAAAGGCCACACUGAGCCAAGCGAAGCCAACAUGUGUGUCCUCUCCUGCUCGAGUCAAACCUUUUGCUGGGAAAGUGUUUUACCUGGACCUGCCUUCAAACAGAAAAGCAGAGAAAUUGGAGGGUGACAUCAAAGACCUGGGAGGGACUGUUGAGAAGUUCUUCAGUAAAGAAAUUCGGUAUCUGGUGUCCAACAAGAGGGAGGCUAGAUAUGUGCACUGCCUCAGGAAGGACUCUCCGGUCCCCAGCCCGGGGUCCGGCCCCAGCUCCCCUCAGCCGGCACCACAGCAGCAGCAGCCUGGGGACAACAUGAAGGGCAAGUCUCAGGGCCAAACGGAUUCUUUUAUUCCGAGUCGAGGGAAGUCUUUGGUGGAGAGAGUGGUGAAAGAGCAGGAGAGGUUGAAAAUGAACAAGAUCCUGUCAAAUGCUCUGGAGUGGGGUGUGAAAAUUGUCUAUAUAGAUGCUAUAGUUGCUUAUAUUCAGAAGAAGCAAAAGAAUUGCAGCAGGCAGUGUCCGGCUACCACUGCUGCCAAGACAAGUGUCAAAGCUGGCUCAGCAGCAAAGCAAGGCUUUCAGAAAUGCAAAGCGGGGCGGAUCAGUAAACCCUUCGUCAAGGUCGAGGAUUCAAGCAGGCAUUACCGUCCUAUCAGCCUCACUAUGCCGAACAUGCCGGUGUUCAACCUGAAGACUCUUCCUCCCUGUAGUCCCUUCUUUGUCCACGACAAGGUGAAUUCUGGGAUUAAACAGCCGGGACACAGAGGUGUGAAAGCCUCGGCCAGCGAGGAGCGAACAAACGUCAGAAAGAAGAAGCGAGGCGGCUACUGCGAGUGCUGCCUGAUCAAAUAUGAGAACGUCUCAAUGCAUCUAAAGAGUGAACGUCACAAGGAUUUCUCCAAGAGUGAUGAGUACCUGGUGGUGGACCAACUGGUGUCAACCCUGCACUGCAACUUCCUCCACAUCAAAUCUCAGGUUAAAAGACUGAAGUGCAGUGUUUCCUCUGUUCUCUUUGUUCCCGAACCCUGUGGGAAAACUGCUCUGAGACACAAGACGGAUCUGGAUCCCACAGAGAUUAUUAAAGAAGAGCAGCAUCAGAUUGCUGAUGGCCACAUGGGAUCUUACUCGGGACACACUUUAAAAAUCAGUUCAGUUACUGAUUCUGCUCCUCUCAAUCACAUGGAGGGGGAGAGGAGGAACAAUCACGCAAACUCGGACAGAUCAAAGCACAAAUCUCUUGCACGUAAACGGCCGUGCCGACAGAACUCUUUGACUUCUCCCACCCAAAAAGCAGAGCAGACUCUGAAUGAUCAGCAGAAUAUGGAAACAGCGCCCUCUGGAGGUGAAUUUCUUCCCUCUAUUCGCUCCAGAGAAACUCAGGACAACAAGGAGCACCAAACAAUAUCUCCAUGCAUGAACAGCUCUCCCUCUCACCUCCAUGAUGUGAACACUCAUCAGCUAGAGGAGUCUGAUGAGAAACAGGACUCCUCGGUGUGUGAGGCUGCUCAGGAAGGAAACGUUCUGCCCGACCAAAAGACUGGAAACAACCUCUCGGAAAGGGAAGAAGUGAGCCUUCCUUCAGCAAGCCUCUGUCCUGUCCGGAAAAUACAGAGGAGGGUGAGAGUUUAUAAACGCAAAAGACGGAAAAUGAGCACAAACGAUGAAAGUGUGAAGCCGAGUGACAUCCCCAACAACUCCCUGCUGAGACUUUUUCAGUCGACUGACGACAUGGAAGUAGAAUUUCUGGGGUUUGAGGACUAGGGAGAAAGGAAUCGAAGAGAUGAACUGGACUAUUACUGCCUUUUUAAAUUACUUGAAGGAUACCAUAUUUAUAUAUAUAUAUACAUAUUCAUAUACACUAUAAUCUCUCCACAGGAAUCUCAGUAGGCAGAAUGAUCUCAUUUUGUUUUAUAUCAGAUGUAAGGCAGCUGCGGAUGUGCUGUGUUUUUCUAAAACUGAAAUGUGGUUUUAUGUAAAUAUUUUGUUAGAAAAAAUAAUAAUAGCUAGUUGCUUUAACCUGAAUUCAAACUCUUAAUCGACUUUGUGAAGAAAAAUAGGGUGGUGUAAUAAUACGCACAUCCAUUGUUCUACAUUGAAAUAUCCACUAAUUGCCCACAUGGUCUAAUUUGGUUAAAACAUUAUCAUUUGUUCACAUUCUUGACAGUAUGUCAAUAUAUCUAAUAUUUAAUCUUAGAAAUGCAUGACAAAUUUGGGCCUAAACAUUAGUCCACAGUCAUUUAUACAUAUAGUUUCAGGUAGAUACAUUCUCUAGAGUAGAUGCUAUGAAAUGAAAUGCCACCUGAAGACGUCACUGCUCUGAAGAACAGGAAAAAGGCCCUAACACUUUAAAGUCCCAUGGAAACAUUACAGAGGCCUUACAUUAGAAAGGAAAAGUGAUUUGUGUAAAAAAGAGUGUAUGUAAUAAACUAUUAGUGAAUAGUUUAUUUCCAUAGUUUACAGACCCUACUUGCAGUUGUUUCCCAUAAAUAUUUUUCAUAAAAAUGUAGCAUUUUGUGAAAGAGGCAGCUUAAAUUAAAACUAAUUUCCCCAAUAACCUGAACAAAGGUAGUCUUGAAUCUUCUUAGAUAUGCCGAACUGAUCGUAUAUGUAUUUGAAAUGCAUAUAAUGGUUGCAUAUGUAUUUGAAUGUGAAUGUCUCGUAGGUUGGAUGUGUGGUACUUGACAUUGUAUAUGACAUUUUAGGAUUAUUCCUAAGUGCACUUUUCAUGACCCGCCUUGUGCUUUUCUGAUGCAUUAGCUGGACCAGCCUCUCUCUGCCCUGCAGUUAGUGCAUUAGCAUAGAGCCCUGUUCUCCCUUAUGGCUCUCUAAGUGAUGCUCUGGGUCAGAUGGUAGUCUCUGCCACUGACAUUAAGAAAGACCUGAGCAGCAAUGUUCGGAGGCGUACAGUAAGUACAGCUGCAAAUAAAAGCCCGAAAGCAACACUGAA